GUGUGACUGUUGUACGCUGCGCACUUCUAAACAAUCCUCUGUCUUUGGACUGUGAGGACACUAACUGAAUCCAGACAUUACUUCGCAGAGUGAUUGUUUACAGUGUUAUUCUACCUGUUGAAUAGACACAAUGGAGAACUGCUGUGGGCUGAUCACUGCUGAAAAGCAACCAGUUCCUCUGAAGAGCAUCGAGGUGGACCUGGAGGUGAGGGAUCAUGUGGCUACAGUGGCCUCCACGCUGCAGUACGACAACAAGGAGGACAAACCAAUCGAGGCUGUGUUUGUCUUCCCUAUGCCCGAUGAAGCUGCCGUCUGUCAUUUCAGUGCAAAGAUUGGACAGACACUGGUUGUAGCAGAGGUGAAGGAAAAGCAGAAAGCUCGUGAGGAGUACGAUGAUGCGCUGAGCUCCGGUCAGCAGGCCUUCUUAUUGGAGGAGAGCGACCAAACUCCAGAUAUCUUCUCUCUGAGUGUGGGCAGUCUGCCUCCAGGAGAGAGCGCCUCCAUCAGGCUGGAGUAUGUCAUUGAGCUGGCUGUGCAGGCAGACGACGGCCUGAGGUUUUGUCUGCCUGCUGUGCUCAAUCCUCGAUACCAGCCUCAAGGAAGUGAAGGUGGCAGCGUCCAGGUGACAUCUGUUCCAGCCUUCAUCGUUCCCUACAGUCUGUCUUUUUGUGCUCGGGUGCGCUCACCUCGGCCGAUCUCUAAAGUGGAGUCCAACUGUUCCCUGGACCCUCUGGAGUACCUGAACCCAGAGCAGACCCAGGCCACGGUGAAACUGGCUGCAGGACACAAGUUUGACAGGGAUGUUGAAGUGCUGAUUUAUUACAAAGACAGUCACCAGCCCUCUGCUGUGGUGGAGGCAGGACAGGCUUCUGCCAAGUCUGGCACUCUGAUGGGUGAUCCAGUGGUGAUGCUGAGUCUGUACCCUGAGUUCCCACAGGAUGUGGUGUCUUCACUUGCCUCACAUGGAGAGUUUGUGUUUUUACUGGAUCGAUCUGGAAGUAUGGGAAGCAUGAAUCAUGGUGUGACUCGCAUUGCAAGUGCCAGAGACACCCUACUGCUCCUGCUGAAGAGUUUACCAAUGGGCUGCUAUUUCAACAUCUACAGUUUUGGAUCCUCUUAUGAACACAUCUUCCCUAAAAGUGUAAAGUACAACAAGAAGACGAUGAAAGAGGCUCUGAAGAAAGUUGAGAAGAUGGAGGCUGAUCUUGAAGGAACAGAGAUUCUUCAGCCGCUAAAACACAUUUAUAAACAAGCCUGCAUUCCCAAUCAGCCUCGACAACUCUUUGUCUUCACUGAUGGAGAGGUGGGAAACACCAAAGAAGUUACAAAUCUGGUGAAGAAUAAUUCAAGUUCCCACAGAUGUUUCUCUUUUGGGAUUGGACAAGGAGCCAGCUCUGCUCUGAUCAAUGGUUUGGCCAAAGAAGGAGGAGGUCAUCCUCAGUUUAUCACAGGAAGUGAAAGGAUGCAACCAAAAGUGAUGCAGUCACUGCGAUUCGCUUUGCAGCCAGCCGUGGCCGACACGUCAGUCACAUGGGAUUUGCCAAAGGGAGUGUCAGUUACUGUUCUCUCUCCACCCAUUAGAACGAUUUUCCAGGGUCAAAGGUCACUGCUUUAUGGUCAGCUCACUGGACAGAGUUCAAAGUCAGACGAGGGCUGUGUGACGGUGAAGUACAGCCUGGCAGGUCAUCCCUCUGAGAACAAGCUCCGCUUCAGUCUUAAACCUGCAGAGGACACUGGUUUAACAGCCCACAGGCUGGGUGCACGAACUCUGAUUCGCUCCAUGGAGAUGGAGGAGAAGAAGCAAGAUGAAGCAGUGAAACAGAAGAUUGUGGAAGUCAGUGUCCAAUCAGGAGUGAGCAGUUCCUUCACUGCAUUUAUUGCGGUCAACAAAAGUAAUGACCAGCCGAUUCAGGGGCCGCUGUUGCGUAGAAAUAUUCCCCUACCCAUGAUGAGGACCUGCAGUAUGCCAAUGCGUAAAAUGAAGAUGGGUUGGGCUGGAGGUCCUCCCACAAUGGACUGUAAAAAAAAAUCCAAAGGUUUUUUCUUCGGGGCAUUUCAAGGUCAUAAAUCCAAGGGACUUUCGGGACCUGUUGGUGGCUCCAGUCGUGAAUGCAGUGCUAAGGUGGCCAAGUCUUAUGAUUCCACGCUCUCCAGUUGUAGUAUGUCACGCAUGUCACACAGGUCUUGUGGUCUCCAAAGUUUAUCAGUGACGUUGGACAUGCCGAAAGUAAAUGUGGACCUUGUGUCAGCCAAGCGUCCCAGAGACCCUUUUCUGCAGGUGGUUUCUCUGCAGCAGGCCUCUGGAUGCUGGGAACUACAGCCUGCUCUGGCCGAUGCGCUGUCAAAGACGAGUGAUGAUAUGGAAAAGAAAAAACCUGCAUCGGUGAACAAUGAAGUGUGGGCCACCAUCCUGGCUCUGAUCUGGCUUCAUGGUUUUCAGGUGGAUGCUAAGGACGAGUGGGAGCUUUUGGCUAUGAAGGCCGUGUCAUGGCUCCGCUCACAGAAUGUAUCGUGUGUUCCAGAGUGUGUGGAUGCUGCCAAUGCGCUGUUGGGUUGUAAGGUGCAGAAAGACGCCCUGGGGCUCUGAACCUUCUUUAAACCAGUUUCUCUGUAGGGUUGUACACAGUGACAAAUGUUCAAUGUCCUGCAGUGUGUACUUGUGUUUACAGUAUUUGCUGCCAUGUUAUGUGCCAUAACUAUUGAAAUAUCCUCUUUAAUGUUUUAUUUUUUCAUUUGAUGCUUCCUCCUGUUUCUAUGAAUAUCUGUUUCUUAUUUCAAUCACUUAUGGAGUUUAAAACUAAAUGCUUAUAAGAUGUACCAAAAAUCUGAUCAAAGUAAACAACUCUUUGCACCACUAUGUCCAUAUCUCUACAAAUCUAUAACAUAACUACAGGAACAUUACAGGACAACACAUUCAAUAAACCUACAUCCAGUCCA